UGAAACUGCGCCUCUUUAGGCAAAUACAGUACCCAAACUACCCACAUUCUCUCUCGAACAUCUACGUAUACUUGUUUUCUCUAACGGAGAAGAUUUUUUGGGCUAUUAUCCUGCGCCACCGAGUACAGGGUCUUGGGAUCGCAGAAUGUCAUCUAUAACGGGGUCGAAACCCGUGGCAGUACCACGCUUUCUCUUGCCUCGACUCACCUGGACGACGACAAGGGCCACCGCCUCGCUGGUCGAGCCAGUGCCACGGACAGUGCACACCACGAGACCUUCGUCGUCGCUCAAGAAGAAGCCUACUCCCUCCUCUUUCAGGCGGGGUCCCGCGUCUCGUUCAAUACACACCACCACCGCCGCGGCCGCCGCGGCGACGAUCCCUUCGGGGCCCGUUGCGCCGUCGAAGUCUUCGUCUCCGUCCUCGCGCUCACCCCGCGCCUGGACCGUCCGACCCCUCCCCGUCGACUCUGCGCCCAUCCGACACAAUGGCGUGUACGUGGCGACGUUCAAGACGGCCCGGCGGGCGUUCUCGGCGACCGCGGCGUGCCAAAAGGACCACCACUUUGACACGCUGAAGUUUGUGCAGCGCCUCAAGGACGAGGGGUUCAGCGAGGAACAGGCCGUGGCGAUGAUGCGGGUGCUCAACGACGUCAUCGAGGAGUCCAUCCAGAACCUCACCCGGACCAUGGUCCUGAAGGAGGACGCCGAGCGGAGCACCUACACCCAAAAGGUCGACUUUGCCAAGCUCCGCAGCGAACUGUCCAACGCCGACAGCACCGAGGCCCAGCUGACCCGGUCCAGCCACGAGCGGCUGUCGAGCGACCUGGCGAAGCUCAACGCCAGGCUGAGGGACGAGAUCGGCCGCACCCAGGCCAGCGUCCGGCUCGACCUGAACCUCGAAAAGGGCAGGAUCAGGGAGGAGGCCAACGGGCAGGAGAUGAGGAUCAAGGAGACCGAGGCCCGGAUCGAACAGGAAGUCGCCGGUCUCCGGGAACGUGUAGAGGCCGUCAAGUUUUCGACCCUGCAGUGGUUGAUGGGUGUCUGUACCGGAACUGCGGCUCUCAUUCUGGGUGCUUGGCGUCUGUUGAUGUGAGAGAGUUACAAAAAGCCAGGGGAUUUUAUGUUGUUUUUCCCCCCUGUCUCUUUAUCAUUGAUAUCAAGAUACCAAACAUCGAAUGUGGUGUACACACAUCUGCUACACACGCAACUCCAACGCCAGUAUAAGAUGCUGGGCAGUUUAUUUUUCCCAUCCUUGGGCUCGACUACUGAAAAAAAAAGAAGGUGUGGGACUGAGUUGUUGAACAGUCUUUUUGUAUCCAUCCUCUCUUGCGGUAGAGCACGAUGAAUCCAGAACUUAUCUACGAAAUAUACCUACCUGUCUUGACUACUCCGUACCUUGGGUACCUACUUGUCUAGGUAACCAGGAGCUAGCUAUAUGAAAUUAAUCAAAUGAUGGCCUCAAAAUGCCAACAUCAC